AUGAAGUAAAACCCUAUCAAUCUCAUCUCUCUUCUAGCAAAACCCAUUUACUCAUUCUCUCUGAAUCUCUCUCCGAUCGAUCUGUAUCUCCUUUCAUCAGCGGGGGAGAAAGCGCAGAUAAUCGGGUUCUCUUUAAUCUGUUGAUUUGAACAGUUGGAACUUUGUAGCAGAAGUCUUGAUUUCAGAAAUUUCAAGAUGAAGAAUUUUGAGCGUCUUGCAAAUGUUGCUUUAGCAGGUCUAACCUUGGCACCGCUGGUUGUCAAUGUUGAUCCAAAUUUAAAUGUCAUUUUGACUGCUUGCCUAACAGUUUAUGUGGGCUGUUACCGUUCUGUUAAGCCAACUCCACCCUCUGAGACUAUGUCGAAUGAACAUGCUUUGCGAUUUCCUCUGGUUGGCAGUGCAGUGCUAUUAUCAUUAUUCUUACUCUUUAAGUUUUUUUCAAAAGACUUGGUUAAUGCAGUUCUAACGUGCUACUUCAUUGUACUUGGGAUAGUUGCACUUUCGGCUACUUUGUUGCCUGCCAUUAGUCGCUUUCUGCCAAAUAGUUGGAAUGAGGAUGUAAUUGUCUGGAAGUUUCCGUAUUUCCGCUCUUUGGAGGUUGAAUUUACAAGGGCUCAGGUUGUAGCAGGAAUUCCUGGGGCAUUUUUCUGUGCUUGGUAUGCAUCAUCAAAACAUUGGUUAGCAAACAACAUAUUAGGUUUAGCUUUCUGCAUUCAGGGAAUUGAAAUGCUUUCACUUGGAUCGUUUAAGACAGGAGGCAUUCUUCUUGCUGGACUUUUUGUAUAUGACAUUUUUUGGGUUUUCUUCACUCCAGUGAUGGUCAGUGUUGCCAAAUCUUUUGAUGCUCCAAUAAAGCUUUUGUUCCCAACUGGAGAUUCUACCCGUCCAUUUUCAAUGCUCGGACUUGGUGACAUUGUGAUUCCAGGUAUUUUUGUGGCACUGGCAUUGCGCUUUGACGUCUCAAGGGGAAAAGAGAGCCAAUAUUUCAAGAGCGCUUUCCUGGGAUACAGUGUUGGCGUGGUGCUUACGAUUAUCGUCAUGAAUUGGUUCCAAGCUGCACAGCCUGCUUUACUCUAUAUAGUACCAUCUGCCAUAGGAUUUCUGGCAGCUCAUUGCUUAGCAAAUGGCGAAGUGAAGCAGAUUCUGGAGUUUGACGAGUCUAAAGAUAAAUCUGAAGAGGAUGAUGACGCCAAACCAAGCAAGAAAGUCGAUUAACUUAUACAGAACAGUCAUCUUGAUAAAGAAUUACAGCUCUUACUUAUGCCCGUUUGAGGGUUCGACUCUUUAAAAAGGUUAAUUGUUUUAAAACUCAGAGCAAAUGAUGCGUUGUAACAAAAGUCUUAUUUAGAAGUUAAUCUAUUUU